CUCCCCUCAUUGGCUCCCCCGCCCCCGCCUGCCUCCCCCAUAUCGCCACCGCGCCCGCGCCAUAAAUCAAGCGAGCGCAGCUCCACUUGAACGCCGCACCUCACCGCACCGCACGCCUCCCCUGCCACGCCGCCGUGUCAGCGUAGGAAGGAAGAGCGAGCGUUUGUUGUCGCAGCGGCGGCGGCGGCGGCGGCCGGCACGGCAAGAUGAUCACGGGCACGGACUUCUACCACGUCAUGACGGCGAUGGUGCCGCUGUACGUGGCGAUGAUGCUCGCGUACGGGUCCGUCAAGUGGUGGCGGAUCUUCACGCCGGACCAGUGCUCCGGGAUCAACCGCUUCGUGGCGCUCUUCGCCGUGCCGCUGCUGUCCUUCCACUUCAUCUCCAGCAACAACCCCUACACCAUGAACCUCCGCUUCAUCGCCGCCGACACCCUGCAGAAGCUCAUCGUGCUCGCGCUGCUCACCCUCUGGAGCCACCUCUCCCGCAACGGCUCCCUCGAGUGGACCAUCACCCUCUUCUCCCUCUCCACGCUGCCCAACACCCUCGUCAUGGGCAUCCCGCUCCUCAAGGGCAUGUACGGCGACGAGUCCGGCAGCCUCAUGGUGCAGAUCGUGGUGCUGCAGUGCAUCAUCUGGUACACGCUCAUGCUCUUCAUGUUCGAGUACCGCGGCGCCAGGAUCCUCAUCACCGAGCAGUUCCCCGACACCGCCGGCGCCAUCGCCUCCAUCGCCGUCGACCCCGACGUCAUGUCGCUCGACGGCAGGAGGGACAUGAUCGAGACGGAGGCGGAGGUCAAGGAGGACGGCAAGAUUCACGUCACCGUCCGCCGCUCCAACGCCUCACGCUCCGACAUCUACUCGCGCCGGUCCAUGGGGUUCUCCAGCACCACGCCGCGACCCAGCAACCUCACCAACGCCGAGAUCUACUCGCUGCAGUCGUCGCGGAACCCCACGCCCCGGGGCUCCAGCUUCAACCACACCGACUUCUACUCCAUGGUGGGACGCAGCUCCAACUUCGCCGCCGGGGACGCGUUCGGCCCGGUGGUGCGCACCGGGGCCACGCCGCGCCCGUCCAACUACGAGGAGGACAAGGCCGGCAACAACAACAACAGCAGCAACAACAAAUACGGGCAGUACCCGGCGCCCAACCCCGCGAUGGCGGCGCCGCAGAAGCCGGCCAAGAAGGCGGCCAACGGGCAGGCCAAGGGCGAGGACGGCAAGGACCUGCACAUGUUCGUGUGGAGCUCCAGCGCGUCGCCCGUGUCCGACGUGUUCGGCAACGGCACCGAGGCGUACAACGAGGCCGCCGCCAAGGACGUCCGCGUCGCCGCCGCCUCGCCGCGCAAAGCGGACGGCGUGGAGCGUGACGAGUUCAGCUUCGGGAACAAGGAGAGGGACGCGGAGGCCGGCGACGAGAAGGCCGCGGCGGAGCAGGGCACCGCGGGCCUGGUGCCGGCGCCGACGGCGAUGCCGCCGACGAGCGUGAUGACGCGGCUCAUCCUCAUCAUGGUGUGGCGCAAGCUCAUCCGCAACCCCAACACCUACUCUAGCCUCAUCGGCCUCAUCUGGUCCCUCGUCUGCUUCCGGUGGAACUUCGUGAUGCCGGCGAUCAUCAUGAAGUCCAUCGCCAUCCUGUCCGACGCCGGCCUCGGCAUGGCCAUGUUCAGCCUCGGGCUGUUCAUGGCGCUGCAGCCGCGGAUCAUCGCGUGCGGGAACAAGAGGGCGACGUUCGCCAUGGCCGUGCGGUUCCUGACGGGCCCGGCCGUCAUGGCCGCCGCCUCCAUCGCCGUCGGCCUCCGCGGCACGCUCCUCCACAUCGCCAUCGUGCAGGUACGGCACAGAGACGAUGCCCGACCAACCGAGCCGCACAAACCAAACACAGCACAGGCUUGCACGCUGACAAGAAGCCGCCUUUCGAUGAAAAAAGAAUGGGGGGGACACCGGUCAAGUGGCCGGGCACGCCGAUACGACGCCAUGAACGCAUGCACUCCGCGCUGUUCCCUGCGCCGGGAAAGCGCGGCAAGCGCCCGCUUUCGCUUUCGCUUUACGCUUUCGCACGCAAGAGCACGACGCGCACAGCUUGGCUCUGGUUUGUUUAAGCUGCUCGCUCGUUUUUCUUUUUGCGCAGGCAGCGCUGCCCCAGGGCAUUGUCCCCUUCGUCUUCGCCAAGGAGUACAGCGUGCACCCCGACAUCCUCAGCACGGCUGUCAUCUUCGGCAUGCUCAUCGCGCUGCCCAUCACGCUGGUCUACUACAUCCUGCUGGGGCUGUGAGCUGACGGAGACAUGCGCGGCCGGGCUGCAACACCAUGCCGGCGUGGCGUCGGAGACAGACAGAGGAGGCGACAAGGGAGCUGCAGCGGCUCCAUGCGCCUGCCGGGGACAUGAUGCGUGCUCCUGCACGCCGGAGGCUAAUUACUAGGAUUCUUAAUUAGGUGUAGGGGUCAGAUGGGGUGAGGGGAGGAAUGUUUAGGGCAAGAGUUUGGGUUGGUAAAUCAAUCAAAGGUUGGGGAGGCAGAGGAUCAAUCCGGUUUGGGGAUUUAGAAGGGGUACUCCUGCCAUGUGUGCGUUGGGAGAGGUUUCUUUCCCUGGAGGGAGGGUGGCUGGGCUGUAAAAUGGGUGUCAAUUUGAUGAAAUUAAUGCUAAGAGCUCUUGUUCACCUUA